AUGACCGUCCUGCUACUUCUCCGUUUUUAUCUUUAUGUUUAUGGUGAUAUUGUCAUAUCUGCUACAACACAAAAUGGUGCUGGAAGCAGUACCGCUCAGGAUGGAACGAAUUUCCGCAGGAAGCGUUCAUUCUGCGAAGAGUUUGAGUGGGAUGGAAUUAUUGUCCCACGUACGUUGGCUUGCAAUGAAAUUGAAAUACCGUGUCCAGAUCCAGAAAAUACCAUCGGAGUGACAACGCAGAAAUGCAGUUGUGAGUCGAGUGGAUGGGAAGGAAAACCGAACACGGCAAACUGUACCCACAAAUGGGUCGGAUUGUUGGAUCAAAUGAUAGAUAGUGACGAACCUGCGGAGCAUAUUAGUCGAAAAUGGGCUCAAUUUUUGCAAGAUUCAGUGAAGCAAAUAUUAUUUGGUGGUGACUUAGUGGGCAGUAUUGAAAUUGGCGAAAAACUGUUGUCACUGGCAAGAGUGCAAUAUGCAAUAUUAGAUAACGAAGAAGAACGGAACGAAAAAGCUAUCGAAUUCACAGAGAUGUAUGGUGAAGCAGGCAAUGAAUUACUGAGUGAUCAUGCUGCAAUUGUCUGGAUGACUCUACCAGAUGAUGUUCGAAUACGUGAGGUAUCUUCAUUAAUAUCAGAGCUGGAACAAAGUGCUACAUUGAUGGCUGAGUUUAUCAGUGAAAAGCAGAAAAGAAUUGAAUACAACAAUUGGGCUUUCGAAGUACAAAUGAAAGGACCGAUUCCUAAUCAUGUGGAUGACAAUGGUAAAUCAAAAUUAGUUCGCCGAUCUCAUAUAUUUGAUGCUAUAUCCUUUACUAAUAUUUCUUCGAGUUAUACCAAUGCAGAUUUUAAUGAGCUGACUGGGAAUGUCACUUUCAGCUUCUCGCUGUCACCAACCUUCUUAAUGCCGCCAUUGAAAAUACUUCAGCAGUCAGCGCAGGUGGCAGUUCUAUCUACGUUUGGUGAUUCCAGUCUUCUCAUGCGCCCACGAUCACGAGUAAUUCCGACGCGUAGAAAUCUGCUUCUUGUGGCUUAUUAUGUAUUUAGAUCAGUGGGAGUAUUGUUGAAUACAAAUAAAACUACCAUUGCCAACAGUCUUGUAAUUGGUGCAAGUGUAAAUGACCCAAUGACCUCUAUUUCGUUGCCUGAAAGUCACCCAGUUACUUUCAAAUUUUAUCAUCUCAGAACUAAUGGGGUAAAUAAUCCGCGAUGCGUUUUCUGGGAUAUUUCCAAAAAGAUUUGGAGCAAAGAAGGUUGCAAAACAUUGCGCACAGUGAAUGAUUCAACUGAGUGCUCUUGCACACACUUGACUAGUUUUGCUAUUUUAAUGGACAUAACUGGUUUUUCUGGUCAUGAUGAAGAAUCAGUUGUUAAUCAAGUUUUAAAUCUCACUACCACUGUUGGUUGUAUAUUUUCAAUUAUAUGUCUCUCCCUUACUUCACUUGUCUUCACAUGCUUCAGAUCUUUAUGGAGUGUCCGUCACAUGAUCCAUAGUAAUUUAUGCUUUUGUUUACUAUUAGCUGAAUUGGUUUUUGUAACUAGCAUAGAUAGAACUGAAAAUAGAACGAUAUGUCGUGCAGUUGCUGUGAUACUUCAUUAUUUCUUUCUUUCGGCAUUUUGUUGGAUGUUACUGGAAGGAUAUCAGCUCUACUUGAUGCUUGUGCAGGUUUUCGAAAACGAGGAAGAAAAAACUGUCUUCUAUUAUCUCUAUGCUUACGGAUUCCCAGCUAUUAUUGUUGCUAUUACUGUCGGAGUUGCCUGGUCAAAUUAUAGCACAGAUCAGUAUUGCUGGUUGAAUGUAGCAACACCAACAAUAUGGGCUUUUGCUGGACCUAUCGCCGUUGUCAUUGUGUCCAAUAUAGUGUUUCUUGGUAUUGCACUGCGAGUGGUACUUUCGGUGCCUAGUUGCCAUCGAAACCGUAUGGAACAGAUGUUAGGUUGGUUGAAAGGUUCCGCAACACUUCUGUGUUUAUUGGGUGUCACUUGGAUAUUCGGGUACCUGAUGAUCAUCCAGGAAGCCGAGACUGUUUUUGCAUAUAUUUUCACAAUUUUGAACUGUCUGCAGGGUGUGUUUAUCUUUAUCAUCCACGUUGUUCUGAAUGACAAAGUGCGUUCGACGUUACUGCAUUUCUUACGAGCGAAUAUUUGUUGCUUAUCAGAUGUCAAUACUCCAAGCGUAGUGAGCACUGAUCAAAAAUUUACUGAUAUGAUGAAGAAUAGUGAUCUGUCUCGUGUAUCUUCACAACCACUUACAGGAAGUUCAGAUUGGAGAAGCAUAAAAAAAAAAGAGAAAGGAUUGUUUGUGGAGAAAGUAUCUUCACAAAUGGAUGGAAAAGGAAGUCCGACUACGAUGAUAACUUAUUUAGACUGGAAAAGAAAAGUUAGUAAUGAUUCUAUUAGUACUCCGUCCGAUGACUGUGGAAAUUACGACUGCGAGAAGAAAGAGGCUUUUCCAGUUUCAACUGACAAUGUAUUAAUUACUGACCUAUCUCAGGAAAAUUCCGAAAUUGAUGAUGAAGGAAAAUCUUUCACUGUGCAUCCAGAAAUCAACUGCAGUAAUGGAGACAGAUUUAAACAGAUACAAAAAAGAUCUUCCGAAAUAUCAACAAUUAUUGAACGAUUUUGA